AGAAACUAAAAGAGAGAAAAGAGAAAGAGAGAGAGAAAAAAAAGAAGAGAGAAAGAAAGAAAGAGAGAAAGAGAGAAAGAGGAAGAGAGAAAGAGAGAGGAAGAAAGAAAAAGAGAGAAAGAGAGAAAGAGAGAGAGAAGGAAGAGGAAAGAAGAAGAGAGAAGAGAAGAAAAGAGAAAAAGAGAGAAAAGGAGAGGAGAGGAGAAAAAAGAAGAGAAGAGAAGAGAAGAAAAGAGAAGAGAA